GCAAGACCACCAAAACCCGCCUCCGCUACCGCCUCCGCCGCAGCCUUGCCCAAUAAGUCGCCGUUCUGGUAUCGCGACUCUUGGCGACACCUGAACAGUAUAGUCAGAGGACCAAGCGAAACCACGUGCAGUUUUUUUUUUCUCUUGCAAGCACCGCAUUUGACAUUAUCCGCCCAAGACGCCUUUCGCCUGCGAAGCUUGCACUUACCUCCGCUUCCCGACGAGUCCAACACGCCCAGCUUAGAAACCGGAGCACGGAAUCGAUUGACGCACAAGAGCCGAGAAGAUGGGGAACACAACGAGCGCGGUGCUGGACAACAUUGUCCAAGGGUCGAACUUCGACAGGGAGGAGGUUGACAGACUACGGAAGAGGUUCAUGAAGCUGGAUAAGGACAACUCGGGCACGAUCGAGCGCGAAGAGUUCCUCAGCCUGCCGCAAAUAUCCUCGAACCCGCUGGCAACGAGAAUGAUAGCCAUCUUUGACGAGGACGGCGGUGGAGACGUCGAUUUCCAGGAGUUUGUGUCCGGGCUGAGCGCCUUCAGCAGCAAGGGCAACAAGGAGCAGAAGCUGCGGUUCGCGUUCAAGGUGUACGAUAUCGACCGCGACGGCUACAUCAGCAACGGGGAGCUCUUCAUCGUGCUCAAGAUGAUGGUGGGCAACAACCUCAAGGACCAGCAGCUGCAGCAGAUUGUCGAUAAGACCAUCAUGGAGGCGGACAAGGACAAUGACGGCAAGAUUAGCUUCGAGGAGUUUGCCGCCGUGGUGGAAGCGACCGAUGUCAGCAUGAGCAUGACUCUGGAUCAAUUCUAGGGCGAUGAGCAACGAGAUGAAUACGUGCAUGAUGACUCCCCUUUUUUCACGUUGUCAAGAUGUAUAUGUCGGGAGAAUAACCAUAGAACCUCGUCUAAUGAGAUACGCCUCGGAAGCUGGGUAUUCAACGACUUAAAAGAUACCGGUCUUCUGGCUGCUCUUUUUGCCCAAGCUCUCCCGGCUCCCUCGUGCCACCUUUUUCUAACC